AUGAGACCUAAAGCACAAGUGUUCUUAGAACGUAGAAAAAUACCAAAACUUGUGAAGCAAAGGCAAGAGCCCCCUACACUUGUACUCGAAGAGAUGUCCCCAAAUGAAGAACUUACUCUCAAUUGGAUUCUGCACAGUCCAUAUCAGUUUCCAUUUGAGGAUGACACAGAAUAUGCUCAACAAAGUUCAUCUUUGUUGGAUUGCGGCAUGUUCGUCAUGUUCUACAUGGAUAAAAUAGCACAAGGACAGCCCAUUCCAAAAAGAGUAGACAAGAAUUUCAUGAAUGAAUAUCGAGCAAAAUACAUCACAAAACUCCCACACCACAGAAACUGUCUCAUUAAUCGUCUCUAG